AUGGAUUGUGUGAGCCCAAUCUAUACUAUUGCCACUGAUCUGUUCGGUUGCACCGUCAAGCGUGCCUCCCAUAUCCGUGGUCUCCGAGAAAAUCUUGAAUGCUUGAGAGAGGAAAUGGAGCUACUGAACCUUCGAAGUGAAGAUGUAAAGAGGAGAGUGGAACUUGGAAAGCAGCAACAGAUGACACCCAGAAGGGAAGUGGAAGGCUGGCUUCAGGACGUUGGUGAGGAGGAAAGUGAAGUAGCUGCAAUCCUCCACGAAGGGGAUGGAGCACUAGAGAAGGAAUGUCUUGGAAGAUUUUGUAAUAUUCGGUCGAGCUACAACCUUGGAAAGAGAGUGAGUCGAAAAAUCAGGCGGGUGAGGGAACUAUCAAGCAGAGCAGAUUUUGAAGCUGUGGCAUACAGGUUGCCUCGUGAUGUUGUGGAUGAAUUACCUCUUGGGCGUACCGUGGGCUUAGAUUCCUUGUAUGAGAAGGUGUGCAGCUUCCUCGCUAAAGAUUCAGUAGGAAUUGUCGGAUUAUAUGGAAAACGCGGAAUUGGAAAAACAACACUAAUGAAGAAAAUCAACAAUGCUCUCCUCGAAACAAGACACGACUUUGAUAUGGUGAUUUGGGUUUCAGUGUCCAAGCAAGCAAGCGUGAGAGCUGCUCAAGAGGUGAUUGGAAACAAAUUACAGAUCAUUGAUAGCAUGUGGCAAAAUAGAGGUCAGGAUGAAAAGACUAUACAAAUCUUCAAAAUCAUGAAAACAAAAAGGUUUUUGCUGUUUUUAGACGAUGCACAAGUACCACUUGAUCUCUCAGAUAUAGGAUUUCCUCUUCCUGAUGCUCGAAACAAGUCCAAAGUAGUAAUCGCAACUCGAUCAAUGAGAAUAUGCUGUAAGAUGGCAGCUCAAAGGAUAUUUGAAGUAGAGCCUUUGAAAUGGGUUGAAGCCUGGACUUUGUUCAGCGAGCUCGUCGGAGAGGACACUCUAAAUUUUAGUCCCAUGAUACAACAUCUUGCCCACAGCACUUUGGAGAGAUGCCAAGGUUUGCCAUCCGCCAUCAUAAUGGCUGGACGAACAUUGGCUGGCUGCAAGAUUGUCUGGAAAUGGGAACAAUUAACACAAGAGUUGGCGGAACUCAUAAAAGAAGAAAUUUCAGGGGAAGACAGGUGGCCUCAUGCUGUUGUAGAUGAAAUGCCUCUGGGGCGUACUGUGGGCUUAUAUUCCUUGCAUGAAAAGGUGUGCAGCUGCCUCGCUGAAGAUGAAGUAGGAAUUCUUGGAUUAUAUGGAAUACGCGGUGUUGGAAAAACAACACUGAUGAAGAAAAUCAACAAUGGUCUCCUCAAAACAAGACACGAAUUUGAUGCGGUGAUUUGGGUUUCAGUGUCCGAGCAAGCAAGCGUGAGAGCUGCUCAAGAGGCGAUUGGAAAAAAAUUACAGAUAAUUGAUAGCAUGUGGCGAAAUAGAAGUCAGGAUGAAAAUGCUAUAGAAAUCUUCAAAAUCAUGAAAACAAAAAGGUUUUUGCUGUUGUUAGACAAUGUACAGAAACCACUUGAUCUCUCAGAUAUAGGAUUUCCUCUUCCUGAUGCUCGAAACAAGUCCAAACCUGGACUUUGUUCAGCGAGCUCGUCGGAGAGGACACUCUAA